GUUUCAAAUGCAACUUGCUUCAAAAUGCUGCUAAAGUUUGUUCUAUUGAUUGCGACUAUUGUGCUUGUCGUGGGCGAGCCUCCAAAGCGAGCUCCAUACCCCGCUGCAGGCUGGCGUCCACAGGUGCCAUUUAAUUUGCCCAGCGACUUUCAGCCACCAGCUGGAUACCGCGUGGAGAUCACCAAGCAACGUGUCGAGCACGCUGGCACCUUCAAUGCACCGCAGUUCAACUCUCAGUAUUUGCCGCCACAAUUCGAUGUGCCACAACAGCAGCCGCAGGAGGAGCAACAAUCAAGUGUUGGUAAAGAUCAGCAGAGUCCAGCUGAUCAAUAUGGACCACCAGCUGAUGACAGCUUUCGCAUUGUCUAUCCCGAGGAAGAGGAAGAUUCGGCCAGUUUGACGCAGCCAAAGUCGAGCAAUAUUAAGGAAGGACGCUACUAUGUCAUCUCGCCCGAUAAAAAAUUGCAGCGUGUGAUUUAUCGCACUGAGGAAGCUCAAGGAGAUGAGUUCACCGCACAGCUGAAAUAUUCUCCAGUUGGCGAGCUUCAGGAUCCGGUUUAUAAAUACAACAGCCAGGGGCAAUUGGAGCGUGUGCUAAAAUAGAAUUCAACUUCUUGUGCAUCUGUAAAAUAUAAUAAUUUUCCGGCUUUGGCAGUUGUAAAAUAAAAAAAUGUUUGGUUUAUGUUCUUUGUUUUAUACAAAAAUGCUUCUUUAUUCAUAUUAUCAUUAUUUAUACACAAAAAAUCUCAUAUGUCUUUUUUCGUUCACAUUUUCAUGCUGUCGAAUUGGGCUCCAAUGCAUUUUUCAUAAAAAUUCAUUAAAAUUAAAUACAAUUGCUUAUGUAUAUGUAUAGAUGUAUGUGUGUGAGAUGGUCAUGGUAUGGUGGUGGUGUAUGGUGUGCGUGUUUGUUUGUGUGUGUUCUGUGUGUCUGUGGUGGACUGACACAAAAUGAAGGCGCUUAACAAAACCAACGGCAAAAAUACAAAGUGAGACAUGGAACAGGCAUGGGGAACAGUGGGAACUGUGGAAACGUUUGGAACGCGCCUGGCUAUGGCAAAAUGGCGGCGUUGCACUAAGAGCAAAUAAUAUGGGCAAGAACAGUGCGAAAGAGCGGGUGAGAGAGAGAGAGAGCUAGAUAGAAAGAUAGGGUGGCCUGACAGGCAAGUGCAUGUCAAACUGUAAUCGCCGCCAGCACCAGUUACAUUUACAGUUAAUACUCAGCUAGGUUAGCGAUAGACAAGUAUAGUUACACAG